CCAGCUAGCCAGGGGGCCAGGUCUAUGGCGCUUAGGGCUGCAGCCUCCGUGGCCUCUUUGAUUCCUUUUAGAACUCUCUCUCCUCUUAUCGCCACCCACCCAUCCCUCAAUCCCCCCCCCCCCCCCCCGUCCCUCUCUCUCUCUCUCUCUUCGAUUCCUUGGCAAUGGCGGCAGCCGAAGAGGGCGAGGGAGGGACGCCUCAAGGAGAGCUCCAGGGAGAUACAACUGAGAGAAGGCUGGAGUCUUUGGAGGAGAUGCUCUCGAGGCACAGGCAAGAGAUCACCGAACUUCAAAUCAAAGAAAUAAAACUCAAAAAAGAGGCUGCUAAAGGCAGCAAAGCUGAACAAAGAGCCAAGAAGAAACAGGUCGAGGAUGAGAUAUCUCAAUUGUUAUCACAAAUAAAAGCAAAGCACUCUGAUGAACUUGCUUUCUUAGGCUACAAAAGGACUGACAACUCAGAGAAGGACAAUCUGGACUGUUUGGUAAAAGCUAUCGCUGGUAUUUCUGUCACUAAUCAUAGAGAGUCCACAAAACCUAGCAAGGGAGCAAGGAGGCGUGGAAGAAGAGCUCAAGAGGUAGCAGCUAGAGAGCAAAGGAUACAGGAAGAACAGAGCAACAUCAUUAGUGAUCGUAUGAUUGAAAAUGAGAGUUUGGAGAGAAAGCUUGAGCCUCUUGGUUUGACAAUAAAUGAGAUCAAGCCAGAUGGUCAUUGUUUAUAUCGAGCUGUCGAAGACCAAUUAUCACUAUACUCCAGAAAUAUCUCUCCAUAUAGCUACCAAGAGCUCCGGGAAAUGGCUGCUAAUUACAUGAGAGAACAUGCAUCAGACUUCCUCCCAUUUUUCCUAUCUGAUAGUAAGGUCGAGGUGGAUUCAGAUAGCUCACCCAUGGAACGAUUUGAGAAGUAUUGUGAAGAGGCUCGGACCACAGCAGCUUGGGGAGGACAACUUGAGCUUGGUGCUCUCACACAUUGCCUCAAGAAACAUAUCGUGAUAUAUUCAGGUUCUUUUCCUGAUGUGGAAAUGGGCAAGGAAUAUAAAUCUGAGAAUGAUAAUCUCAGCAACCCGAGCAUCUUAUUAUCAUACCACAGACAUGCUUAUGGGCUUGGUGAGCACUACAAUUCAGUGGUUUCCAAUGGAAAGAGGUGAAUUCCUUGACAUGCAGCUAAUGAAAGUUCAUGACAUGUAUGUAGAGAGCAUACAGACAUUUUAGAUGGAGCGGAAUUGAGAGUUAAGGAAUCAUGUAGAUUACUGUUUAGUUUGGCACUGUGAAAUGUAAAGAAAUGUUGUAUAAAUUGCCGGCAACAGUUCUCCAAUAACCACCUUGAAGACUGUCCUCUGUACGCUGCUAAAGAAAAAAAGGUCUUCACUGUUAUACUCUCUACUUUUGCUU